AUGUUUAUCAGGCUUACACUUGCUACCAAGUAUCACGACGAGAUUGGAAAUGUUCCAUUCAUCGUCAACAUCAACGAGACCAUUCCACAACCGACUUUAAACAAAGAGUCUAUCAAUCCGAGAAGACGAAAGCUUAAGCCCCAAGUCUCCAUCGUUACCACCAAAUGUCCUGCUGGAGAUCACUCCCACAUUCUCCCCAACAACAUUCUCUCGGAUUUGAUGCACAAUAUCAAGCAGGACAACAACGAUCACGAUGUUGACAUGGACGAUGUUAUCUCCGAGAUGUCGAUCAGCACCGUAAGUGUCGGACCAGAAUUCAUCACAGUCACCUCUACCCGUACUCGAGACGAAUCUAUGGCGCAAAGUGGGAACCUGUUCCGUGGUCUUGCGAACGGGACCCUGGAUCAAGCAUCGCUCAAACCCGUAUUUGAGCGGUGGGUAAGCGAACCCAACAUCCGAGUGCUCGACCAAGAUUCCAAGAGACAGCUUUAUUUCUGGUGUGAAGAACACUCGGCAGCUUGGUGCCAGAUCAUCAAGGAGUCCAAUGACCAGGAUUUGAAAGAAUGGUCUUGGUCCAGAGAUGUCCCUGUCACUGACGUUGAAGAACCAGAGCGUCACGGCGGCACCUUUCAAGGCAAUGCCAAAGCUAUGCUGUGCUGGAUGGGGGUUCUUGCAAGGUCUCUGGAGGCAUAA